AUGUUAUCCUCAACCGCCCAUGACCCAGUAGCCCGCAACAUCCCGUCCACCACCCUAAAGAAGACUAUGCACACCGUAGACCUCUACCCGCGGGCCGGGAAGUCGACAGGACCCGUGGAUGCAUACCACAGCCACAUCAACGCAGUUCACAUAGUUCCCUCAAAUCCCUGCUACGCUGCGACCGGCCACAUCCAUGAGUACGGGGAUUACACACGUGUCAAGGCCCCAGAACUUUCCAAGGCCUCUCUGGUAACGACGAUGUAUCCUGACCCAAUUAAGUAUAGCCAGCUGGACGCUCCGCCGAUUAACGAGUACAAGGCAUCGUCGUUCUAUGACGCCUUCCCACGCGAUAAGGCGUCCAUCGCUCUUACCCGCAGGAGCAGCGGCUAUGGGAAGUUUGGCGGCGCACCGUACAAUGAGUGCAGGGCAGAGUCUUCCGUCAGUGGUAUUGGGGGAGCCCAGACGAAGAGCUACAGGCGAUCGUCUGUGGACAGCGUGAACCGCCUGCUGUCUUCUCAGUACACUCUUGGCUCUACGGCAGGCUCGUUCCGCGACGGCUGCCUUUCGGAGUCUGCCCUCCGCAACUACUCUAGCAUCAAGUGCUACCCUACAACCAUGGAGUCCUACAGUACAGGGCGUGUCAACACGCUGGCUGGACGCAGGUUCUCGGACCAAACAUACACUGGACUGAAUUUACAUAAUUACAAUACUACAACGUUUUUCAAGAGCACAGCCGGCCAGAUUUUUGCGUAG